GCCCAGACCUCGCCGCCUAACAGCUAAUCAGGGGCAAAAGUUCACUCUAUAUUGAAUCGCUCUCAGAUUAUACGCUUCGCAAUGAAAACUGUCCAACUUUGGGUUGAUGGCCAUGACACGGCUGGCCGUGGAGAACCGCGAGUGUUCCAAGUGAAGCGAUUCGCAGAUAUUUGGUAGCUGACCUGGGGCACGCAUAGGAUCCCUGUUGAGGACCCCGCGACAGGAGAGAUAUUUGCCAGUUGCCACUCUGCCUCGGCCUGCGACGUUGAAGAUGCUGUCGCCGUCGCCCAACGAGCCUUCAAGUCCGGCGUCUGGGCCAAGGCACCUCGCGAAACCCGCGCCACGGUUCUCGAAAAGGCCGCUGCCCUCCUCGUCGAGCAGCUCCCCACGCUCAUUCCUCUUGAGGUCCGCCAGACCGGCCGCGCCGUCCGCGAGAUGAAUGCGCAGGUGCCCUCGCUGGUACGCUGGUUCCGCUACUACGCCGCGGUGCUGCGCACCGAGGAGCGCCCCGUCCUGCCCACCAGUGGCAAGCUGCACAACUGGAUCGAGCGUGAGCCCCUAGGUGUCGUCGUUCAGAUCACCCCCUUCAACCACCCGCUGCUCAUUGCCGUCAAGAAGCUCGCGCCGGCGCUCGCCGCAGGCAACAGCGUGAUUCUCAAGCCGAGCGAGCUGACGCCCCUGACGAGCCUGCUUCUCGGCCCCAUCCUCAAGAAGGCCGGUGUGCCGGACGGCGUCUUCAACGUGCUGCCGGGCCUGGGGCCUGUCACCGGCAAGGCGCUCGUGAGCCAUCCGCUGGUCCGGAAAGUCGACGUCACGGGAGGGACGGUAGCAGGGCGCGCCAUCGGAACCAUAGUCGGUGCCAAUUUGGCGCGGUACACGGCCGAGCUUGGCGGCAAGGCGCCACUCAUUAUCUUCAAAGAGGCCAAUAUCGACGCGGCGGUCAACGGAAUAACGUUUGGAUCAUUUAUUGCAUCCGGACAAACGUGCGUUGCAGCGACGCGAAUCAUAGUCCAUGAGAGCGUGUUGUCUGAUUUGGUGUCUCGGCUGAAGCAAAAGUGCGAGUCCAUCAUGCGCCGUAUGGGAUCCCCAACAAAUCCAGAAUCAUCAAUGGGCCCCCUCGUCUCGUCUCGCCAGCUAGAAAGGGUGGAGGCCCUCGUUGAAGAAACGCGGUCAAGCCUUGAGUCUGCACAGGUUAUUUGCGGUGGCCAUCGAAUGUCGGGACUGUCGCCCCUUGACGGCACAAACCUCUCCAGGGGCUACUUUUAUCCUCCGACCGCCAUCUUGCUCCAGAACAUGGGAUCCUCUUCAGAGCGCCCGGCUCUCUGGACGGAAGAGGCGUUUGGCCCGCUUAUCGCCAUCGUCGCGUUCGCGACUGAGGAUCAGGCUAUCCAGCUCGCCAACGAGACCGAUUUUGGCCUCGGUGCAGGCAUCUGGACCAACGACCUUAGCCAGGCAUUUCGCGUCUCCGGGCAAGUAGAUUCGGGCAUCGUCUGGAUCAAUACACACCACAGAAAUGACCCGAGCAGCCCCUGGGGUGGAGCAACGAGCGAGAGCGGUGUAGGGAGUGAAAAUGGCCUCGACGCCUACCAUGCUUACACGACCACUAAGAGUAUCAUCAUCAACUACGCAUCAGCAGAGGAGUCGCUUGCUUACGACGACUGGUUCAAGGAGGGCGCUGUUAAUGCAAGAUAUGGCUGAACUGGAAUCCCAU